CUUCCUCCUCGUACAGGUUUCUCUCUCCGCAUCAUCUAAGCUUCUGAUUCUGAUAGCCAUGGUUCACGAUGAGAGUUUCUGUGGCGACCGCCUUAGAAUGUCCUCUUUCCUCAGAGUGAUCGCCAACAUGCCCCCACGACCAGCUCGAUUCAGGAGACAUGAGAAGCAAGCUGACCAACAGAGCCACGCCAUGUAUGAUGAGGUGGGAUUGAAUCAGUUCGAGGAGCUGAAAACGCACAAGUUUUCGUCUCAGAAUCCAGCACUAGCCUCUCACGACAGUUCUACUGAAGUGUGUGAUUCUCUUGCACGGUUAGCUUCAGCUCAGUCGUUACUGAUGGUAGCUGGACGCGCUGAGCGGAGCGAGGCCGAAAACGGCAGCGCUCCUGAUACUGGCAAUGGGGUUCACAAGCCAUCGGGAGCGCAAUCUACCGCACCACGUGCUCGAAAAGACCACUAUUCCUACCAGACCAAGACCAAUAAGAGCAAACACGCAUCAGGGAGAAGAUCUGGCACUCGCAGAAGGAUGCUACCUGUCAAUGAACUCGCAUUGGUGCGAACCACGACAACAGAUGGCUUACCUGAUCCGAGUGAAGAAGACGUUAUUCUCAAAAGCCCUAUUACAGAAAUUGACCCAAUUGAGGACAGCGAGGUCUAUGGCGAUGUUCCUGCACAAGUGAGAAAUGAGGCUACUCAAAAGUCUCAUCUAAGCAAGGGGGAUCAGGUUAACUACACAAACAAGGCAACGUGGAAAUCGAGACGACGCACAAAGCAAGGCCGUUUAGACGUAAGAGUUCUCCAAUCCGUGCUAGCUUCAGAUGGGUUUGUUGGCGCCGAGUUUUCCAUUCCCUUCAGACACCAGAAGCAGCCAAACAGGCCUCAAAUGAAGAAGAUGGUGCCAGUAGCACAGCGCGGGUUAAUUCUAGCUAUGGGGAACCUUCCAAAGCCAUCUUUCCAGAGCGAUCGGCUCCAAUUGGUCCAAGGCUCCCAAAUGUUCGAUGCUCGUCUGCCAAACAGACUCUCACGGAUACCUCGUUUGGGUGAAGGCAAUGAGUCUUGGAACGAAGAGACGCCUGCAAGGCCCAUGCGAGAUACUCCAGGGGGGCACGAUACCUCCACCGUUCGUUCGAAGCCAAUCAGGAGGAAGACUAAGCAUUGGAUCCAUAAUCAACUCGCUAGCAUUUCAGCGCCAACAAGACACAGUACCAACAGCGGAUCAGAAGCCACCGAAGAACCCGAUGAGAGGAAUAGCUCGUUCAAUGACCCAAAUGACAGCAUCACAAAUACCCGUUCAGAAUUCAGCAGCGAUGAGCUGAAGGAAUAAAGAUCAACCGUAGGAGAGUUUCGCGAUAGGAUCAUCAAAGAUGUCCGUGACCACUAUUUUAUGUCCCAUUUUGAUAUACUUCAUUCUGCACCUGCAGUUCUCGGUGCGAAUGUCCCAACGUCACUUACAAUUCACAGACAGAUUACGCCACAUCAUGAGAACCUUAUUGAAAUAGUCGAGGGUCGCCAUUUCCGAAACGCUAGCCGCCAGCUCGACACAGUGCCCAACAAUGUUGAUAAUUUCUGGGCACAGUACGGUGCCAUUGGUUGAAUGAAUUUAGGGAAGUGGUCGCCUUUGGAGUGAUUCGUAUCCCUAGUGGCUCAGUCUGCUGACACUGACGAUCGUAUUGCAGAAAUAGAGGAUAGGUUACACUAACUGUAAGGACAGGGCUCCGCACCACUCCGCCAAUACAACCAAA